UACCCAUUUUUCAUCAAAAGAACUCAAAAAAAAAUGGAUCUUCUCUUGCUGGAGAAGACCUUAAUAGGUCUUUUCUUUGCCAUUUUAAUCGCUAUUAUCAUCUCUAAACUUCGUUCCAAGCGAUUCAAACUACCCCCAGGUCCAAUUCCAGUUCCAAUUUUUGGGAAUUGGCUUCAAGUUGGUGAUGAUUUGAACCAUAGAAACCUUACUGAGUAUGCUAAAAAAUUUGGUGAUGUGUUCUUGCUAAGAAUGGGGCAAAGGAACUUAGCUGUUGUGUCAUCCCCUGAAUUAGCUAAAGAAGUUUUACACACACAAGGGGUUGAAUUUGGUUCAAGAACAAGAAAUGUUGUUUUUGAUAUUUUUACAGGGAAGGGUCAAGAUAUGGUUUUUACAGUGUAUGGUGAGCACUGGAGGAAAAUGAGGAGGAUUAUGACUGUACCCUUUUUCACUAACAAAGUUGUGCAGCAGUAUAGAGGGGGGUGGGAGUCUGAGGCUGCCAGUGUAGUUGAGGAUGUGAAGAAAAACCCUGAAUCUGCUACAAAUGGGAUUGUUUUGAGGAAAAGAUUGCAGCUUAUGAUGUAUAAUAACAUGUUUAGGAUUAUGUUUGAUAGGAGAUUUGAGAGUGAAGAUGAUCCCCUUUUUGUUAAGCUUAGGGCUUUGAAUGGUGAGAGGAGUAGAUUGGCACAGAGCUUUGAGUACAACUAUGGUGAUUUUAUCCCAAUUUUGAGGCCUUUCUUGAGGGGUUACUUGAAGAUUUGUAAGGAGGUUAAGGAGAAGAGGUUGAAGCUAUUCAAAGACUACUUUGUUGAUGAAAGAAAGAAGCUUGCAAAUACCAAGAGUAUGGACAGCAAUGCUCUAAAAUGUGCAAUUGAUCACAUUCUUGAAGCUCAACAGAAGGGAGAGAUCAACGAGGAUAACGUUCUUUACAUCGUUGAGAACAUUAAUGUUGCUGGUAUGUUUAGAAAUAACAUAUAUUUGAUUCUCUAGAGUAUAAUUUGUUCUAGUUUGGUUUAAGUGAUUGCAUCCUGGUUAGUAUAAGGUAAUUUAUAAGUGAAUGAAAAUCCAAUUCCAAAUUUAUAUAUUUUUUCUCAAAAGUAGUAGUUGAGA